GAGGUGUCCCCUCCCCUCGAUGGCUCAGCUGUAAGUUUGAGGUCUAAUAACGCUAGAAAUCGGGUUUCGAUGCCCGUCGUGAGAAGAGCACAAAAUAAACAAGCCAUUUAAGAGGGCGAUUCAUUACAACCACUUCGAGGCCAUUCAUCAAGAGGAGUCCAGUUUACUUAAAAUAGAAGAUGUAGGCAAAAUCAUGUAUGCUACUAGAGACAAGGAGAAAUAUAUUUUAGAAGGAGUCUUUGCAACGUUAGUGGUAAUGUAAGUUAUCCUGGCGUGUUUUUCUUUGACUAGUUUCAAUGGUUUAUUCUAGCAGUCAUUGGAUAAUGAGAGUGUCAGUUGUGUUCCUUGUAUCGUGGAGCGUUCUGGUUGUGACCAGUGCCUUCAGUUGCAAUCCAAAGUGUAACUGUAUCUGGAGGAACGGAAAGCAAACAGCUGAGUGUUCUGGGGUUGGAUUCAGUGCAGUGCCCUCCGAACUGGACAGUGGUGUGCAGGUACUGAGCAUAUCCAGGAAUAUAAUUCACAUUUUGCACCGUGAUGCAUUUCUUCAGGUGGGCUUGGUUAACCUACAAAAAGUGUUUUUAGCUCACUGUGACAUAGAUCAGGUUAAUGAAUACGCGUUUAAUCGGUUGACUAACUUAGUGGAGCUGGAUCUCAGCUUUAACAAACUUACCAUUGUUCCAUCUGCAAGCUUCAUUCACGUUCCACGACUCAGAGAGCUUAAGCUUAGUGGAAACCCCUUAUCUACCCUGCCUAAUCACGCUUUUUCUUCUGCUAAAUCUUUAACGGUCUUAGAGAUAUCAAAAUGUCACAUACAUACCAUAGCAGCAAAAGCUUUUGAUGGUUUAGAAAAUCUUCAAGUGUUAAGAAUCGAUUACAAUAGCCUAGAGACUGUUUCAGGUAAAACUAUGAUACCUCUGAAAUCUUUAAAUGAUAUUUCUUUAUAUGACAACCCGUGGAGAUGUGACUGUGAACUUCGUACUUUUCGACAAUGGUUAGAUGAAAACAACAUACCUUACACUCCUCCAAUAUGCCACCAGCCCUUACAUAUUAAAGAUAAAACAUGGAAUUUUGUCAGAAUUGAUGAUUUCUCUUGUCCUCCACAGUUUCUCAAUACAUCAAGUGUAUUCAAUGUCUAUGAAAAUGUGAAUGUCACAUUAGAAUGUAGAGUGAAAGGAGAUCCUAGUCCAACCGUUAAGUGGGUGUGGAGGCAAAGAACAAUUGCAAACAUUUCUGAAGGGAUUUCCUCACAACAGACGUUUGUUGUUAGCGAGACAGGACACAGAGAAAAACUAUCUCGUUUAAAGAUUACUUUUGUACAAGAUCCAAACGCUGGAACUUAUACUUGUGUUGCCGAAAAUUUAGCAGGUAUUCGGACUAAAAACUUUACUCUUGUUAUUUCUCGACACCCCGUCACUGAACAAAAAAUAACAGACAGAGAGAAGCCACAAGAAGUGAGAGAGAAAGAUUCUACAGUGAAAGACCAGGAAGAAGAAGAAGAUGACAGAGGGUCUGCAACAGGAAUGAUAAUUGGAAUUGUGAUUGGUGCUCUUCUAGUGUUACUCAUAUUUGCUCUUUUGUUGUGGAUAUUACGUAGGAGGCAACGAAAACCAGGUAGCCACAAACGACAAGACAUCAGUCACAAAGUAGGUAAUUCAGUCGGUAGCCUUGACGCUAAAGAACCGCAAGAAGACGUUGACUUGAAACUUCUUGCAGUCACCACAGUGAAGAUACCCCCUAGACUUGGUGCAUAUGAGGAGCUACCAACUUCAGAAACGGAUACAUACGAUUCUAGGGGGGGUGAUAUUGGUUUGCCUCCUCGUGUGUGGGAAAUGAACGACCAUAUACUCCCUAACCCAACCUGGGAAAGUCCUCUUAGUCCAGAAUCUACUUUUCGUCUUCCUCCUCCUCCUUCCCAAAUGGAGAAACGAUUAAACACCCGCAGCCCUGUUACCGUCCCUAUGCCUGUUCCCCAAGGCGACCUUCACUCACGCCUGCAAAAUGAAUUGGCCGAUACCUUGCGACGAAAAGGUGAAAGAAAAUCAUUUGAAAGAGAACGUGGAGAUGGGAGUUCAGAGCUGGAAGCUACGGGUUUUGAAAAUAACCUUAAGACAUCUGAACCUGGAAUCAAAGAACCACAGAAAAAGAAUCCAGUGAAUGAUAACAAAGGCGGCGUUCUAUCUCCUCUACAUUCGGAAGGAAAUACUCCAGAUUUGUUGUUUCAUCCACAUCAGGUCGAAAACCCUUCAGCUUACUUCCGACCGAUUUCAGAUGUAAUCUCAGAUGAUAAAGGGGACAAAACAUCUGAAAACCUUGAGGGGGGAGGAGAUGGUACCGAAGUCUGAAACAAUGAAGGACGUUUAAAGUCAAAUAUAAGGGGUUUUUUUGUAUACCAUUUGAUGAGAAAUGAACAUAUUGUGUUUGUUAACAGAGUUCGGUGCUAUCAAGAUAUAUUUCUUGUAUUUUCAGCAACAAAAGAGACGUUAGGCCGUUUUAUUGUCGCCAUGAGACAUUUCAUUUGAGUUGACUUUAUGACUUUCGCAAUAAUGGGACAAACACAUACAAACUGCGUCACCUCAAAAUUAUUAUUAAAGCUAAAAUACAGAAUCAAAACACCCUAAGCAAGAUAAAAAGCAAUUUUUGACAGUUGCUCAUUACUGUAUUAGCCAUCAAAUUUUUCAUUGUGAUGUUGCUUUUCUGCUUUUCUUUUUGUGGCAAAUUUUAAUACUGAUACAAAUACUGGUUUCACAGAAAUCAGAUAAUUUGAGUUAUAUAUGUAUGUGAAGUGAUGAUAAUUGGAUUUCGUAGAGCAGUGGAUCUAGCUGUUUCUGUACCUGUUAAUUAUUUGUAUUAUUAUUGUAAUCAAAACACGUUAACUGUAAACUUAUAAACACAAGUAUGUCCCGCAUUUUGUCUAACCACGUAAAAACGUUGUAAUUGAUGUAUUAAUCUUUGAUCAGUUGCCAGUGAAAGAGAAAAAGAAUGUUUGCCAGACCUUAUUGUUAGAAUCGUUUUUAUAAUUAUUGAUGACGAUGAGUAUAACUUGGAGAAUCUUGUUCUUUCGAAUUAUAAUUUCGUAGGCAGGAUUUUAAAACAUUCACCCAAGGAAUGAUAUAGCAUUGUUUCGUGAUUUGUACAAAUAGUUGAUCAGAGUGGAUAAUUACACUAACUUUUUACCCGUGACUAAAAGCGAUAUAUUUUCAAAAUCAGAUUAAGAUUUUUCAUAAGUUUUGUUGUUGCAUUUGAUACUAAAUAUUUCCUUUCACUGCAUAUUCUAUUGUAAGUGCACAGCGAAAGCCAAAUCCUACACUUACAUAACUACUAAACUAAUAACAAUAGAAAGGAUAUUAUGAUACUAUAAGAAUUUCGGAGUACACUCUUUAUAAAACUGGAGCAAUGCUUUCGACACAACAUGAAAAUUAAAUCUUCAUGUUAAAUGUAAGGUCAGUAAAAUUAAAGAAACGGAGUCACAAAGGAACCCAGUUGACUUAAUUAAUAUAUACAUAGUAUCUAGUACAUGACCUUAGAGUGGUCCUUCGAAAGGAUAUAGUUUGAAUAUAUUUUCGCCGUGACUCCGUCCCUUUAAAGACCUGUUAUCUACAGCCCUCCAAAAUAAAAAAAAGUUUAAUUAAAACGUUAACAACCUUACACUUUUAAUUUAUUCCUUCCAAGUUUUCUUCAUCCAAAUAAUUUAUUUAAACAUUUUAUAAGACAAUAUUUUGUGGAAAUUUAUAUCUUUUUGUUGUUUUUUUUCAUCAGAAACACUUUGAGUUUUUAAAAAUUAUCUUUUUUUUUGUGCUACUGGAUUUUUUUAUUUAAUUUAAAAUUUAAAUGUGUGAUAUCAAGACUGAUGAAAAGUUAAAAGCUGUAGACUUCUCUUGAGCAGAGAGUCGUUAGUAUAAUUCUAGCUGUUAUGAGAGAACUGAGUUUUCUGGAUACAGUGUUAUUAUUGUGAAAUAAAGAGCUUUGUCUGUUUGA